GAGACCUCUAGAGACAAUGAGAUGGGACGCCCGAACUCCUCCAUAAAUGCUCCUAUUGGGACCCCUGUUAGUAGCAUGGAGCCAAAUAUCUGGUGUGUGAGGGCACAGGAGGCUUUUGAUGCCUGGGAGAGAGGAGCAGCUGCAGAGCCCCAGCCUAGUGGGGUGGUGACCUGGGGAUGGCUGCAGCCUUGGUCAAUGCCCUGCUUACUGCCCUUGGGACAGUUGUCCUCAGGUGAACACUGCAUUUCCCAGGAGGAAGCGCUCCCCAGGGUGGCUGAGGGCUCUGUGGGCUCUCCCUGGCAGAGGGAUUCUAACAGAGUGCAGUGUGAGCCUGGCAGCUGGGCGGCUGCCUUCUGUGCUGGGAGCCAGAAGUCAGAGGCUGUGGGUGGAGAGGAGGAACCCCCAGGAGCACCUGGCCAGCCUGUGCUGCAGCAGCCCCCCUGCACCUGGGAUCCCAAGCAGGGUACCCCACAACAGGAAGCCCAGACUUCUGACCCAGGCCAGAGUGGUCAACCCGCUGGCCCCGGGUGGUGGAGAGGAUGCCCCCUUUUAUCUGCUCUCCUGGAAUGGAUUCACUGCCCAGUCCUCUUCCCACCUGCCUGCUGCCCUGCAAUCUUUGUCACCAGGGAGCCUUAG